CGAUUAGGGUUUCUUAUUGGUUGCGAAUUCCCCAGCGCGAGAGCUAGUUAUUUGUACAAGGGAAGAGUUGAUGUUGACAAAGUAGGAGAGCGCAAAAAAGCCUGUGCGCCUUCCUCAGUCACCUUAUUCCUCACCCGAGAGCGCAAAGCAUGUCCACGCUCGCCCCUCUACGGCUGCUGCAUGCGUUCUAAGGGAAGAGUUGGAGCCCUGAUCCGGAGAUGAAAUGAUGGAUAGCCGGAUCCUCGAGCAUCCUCAUGCCCAGUUUGGAGGCUCUUUGGGAGGCAUGGUUGGAAUGGGUUUUCCCUACCACCUCGGCCACCAUCACGUUUACGAUCUUUCCGGACACCAGCUACAGUCGGCGGCCGCAGUACCGUUUUCUAUAGACGGAUUACUCAACGGAUCAUGCUCAGCGUCUGUUGCAAACUCUAACCCAUUACUCGGAUCUGGCUGUGGCGUAAACGGGGAAAGUCGGUAUAAACUCAGCGAUUCCGGAGACCCCGACAAGGAAAGCCCUGGUUGUAAACGGAGGCGAACGCGUACAAAUUUUACGGGCUGGCAGCUGGAGGAACUAGAGAAAGCGUUCAACGAAAGCCAUUAUCCGGACGUGUUCAUGCGCGAGGCGCUCGCGCUACGUCUAGACCUUGUUGAGUCACGUGUUCAGGUGUGGUUCCAAAACCGGCGAGCGAAAUGGCGCAAAAAGGAGAACACGAAGAAAGGGCCAGGUCGACCGGCUCACAACUCUCACCCCACUACAUGCAGCGGCGAGCCAAUGGACCCAGAGGAGAUCGCGCGACGAGAGUUGGAGCGCUUAGAAAAGAAAAAGCGAAAACAGGAACGCAAACUCCUCAAGUCCCAGAACAAGCUUUUAGCGGGUGAGCUCUUCCAUACGCCCGGAUCUGACAGCGACAGCGGAGUAUCGCAGAGCACAGAUAGCGAGUCGGCACCACACAACGGGCUUCAGCCUAAAGCACAUGGACAACAAACAGAACAUAUAUGUGACCCACACCCACGCCACCAAAGAACCGGUACAGGCAACGAGACAGCUGAGCCCAUAGACCCCACACGGAACUCUGCUUUGUGCCCUGCGAACGCCAUCACACGCGCAUCCACGCUCCAGAAACUCAACCCAUUUAGUGUGGAGAGUUUACUAUCCGACUCAUGUCCCAGGAGAAAAGCUAUUCUGGAUUUUUCUCAGUUACCGCCACGGAGACCACUGGUCGGAAAAGGCCAUUUUCUUCUGUAUCCUAUUACCCAGCCGUUGGGUUUCAUUGUGCCACAGACAGCGAUGAAACCGAGUCAGGAUUCAGUGAACUCGGGUCACAGCUGUUCCACGACAGACCCCUUAACCCCAAACCAGCACGGGCCAGGACAUGUUACGCAAAAUAAUCACUUGGGCAAGGGUACAAGUGUCAAUGCGACCACAAACGAUGAGCUGCAAAGAGAAAGCCAGAAUUCUUCCAAACAAACAUUACACACAAGCUCAGAAUCUAAUUCACCACAAAACGAGUUUGCAAAUGAGCCCGAGGUCACAAACUCUUCCCAGAAAGAAGGCAUCUCGCCUAACCUGUCCGAAUCGGACACGAAAACGCGCAGUUCUGCAGAAGACACAAAUCCAGAUGGAGAGGACAUUGACAUGGACUGACAUAUAAUUGUAGAGCCAAGCUGACUUGUAACAAUCCCAAAGCUGAUUGAUUACGACACGUUUUUGUAUAAAAGACUGUUUGAAUUCAUUUUUAUUGCCUACUUUUUUUUUCCAGAAAAGGAUAUUCUCUAUUCAGGUGGACUAUCGCUUUAUGUUUCAUCUUAAAAUGUCUGUUCCAAUUUAGCAACACGGCUAACUUGAAGUUAGCUUAUGAGCAGGAUACAAGAACAACACAAAUCCUCAAAACAUUGUAUAUAAGUAAUAAAGUAUCAAGAUAUUUAUAUAUGUAACGUUUUGAUAAGUAAUAAGAAAAAUAAUAAAAUAUUGUGAA